GCAACGCUAGCAAUUCAGAAGCAACAUGAAGUGCAUCACACUGGUUUUUGUGACUACGAUACUGUAUUCUUGUCUUUCAUCAUGCUUCAUAAACGCGCAGGAAUAUGUGACAGUGAGUACACAAGAAGGAGACGUCAGAGGUCAAGUGGAGAGCACGUACACAAACAAGACCAUGUACAGCUUCAGAGGCAUUCCGUACGCAGAACCUCCAGUCGGUGACCUCCGAUUCCAGCCGCCUGUGAGAAAGGCAGCCUGGACAGGAGUUCGAGAUGCUCUGGAGUUCGGAUCAGCCUGCACCCAGGGUAUAUUUGGUUCAGAGGACUGCUUAUACCUCAACGUGUACACACCGGCAAUGCCAACGCAAGGUGAAGCCCUGAAAGCUGUUAUGGUUUGGAUUCACGGAGGGUGUUUCACCGCGGGAAAAGCUAAUUUGUAUACGCCCCAUUACUUUGUGGACAACGACGUUGUAUUUGUUAGCAUGAAUUACCGUCUCGGACUGCUAGGUUUCCUCAGUACCGGAGAUGAAGUCGUCCCUGGAAACAUGGCCCUCAAGGAUCAAGUGGAGACUCUGAGAUGGGUGCAGAGGAACAUAGCGGCGUUUGGCGGCGAUCCAGAGAGAGUGACUAUCUUUGGACAAAGCGCAGGAGCAGGGUCUGUUCAUUACCACGUCCUUUCUCCACUUAGUAAAGGUCUGUACAAGAACGCCAUAGCAAUGAGCGGGUCAGCACUGAGCCCCUGGGGUUUCUCCAAAAACGCAACAGACAGAGCAAUACGUUUCGCGAGGAACUUGGGAUUCACAGGCCAGAAUACCACAGAUCUUUUAGAUUUUCUCAAAACUGUGGAUGCACGGACUCUAACCAGAGACAUUAACUCCGCCCUUUCAGAGGAGGACAGUCUGAGUCUCACCAAUUGCGUCUGGGCACCCAGCGCCGAACCAGAACAUGAGGCAGCAUUUAUCACUGAAGAACCGUGGCAGCUGGUGGCUCAAGGUCGCUACAAUUACGUCCCAUUCAUGACGGGAGUCACGGACCUCGAACAAGUUAACGUUGUUUACGGUUUUGGAAAGCUAGCAACAGAAGAAGGUAUUAGCGACUUCAACGAAAACUUUGAGGCAAUUAUUGGAUGUGAUCUGAGACUUCCGACCAGAGCUGAACAACUGAGCGGCGCUCUAGCAGUGAAACAGUUUUAUUACAAUGGUAGCGACAUCACACUGCAGGAUAACUACACCACAGCUUUGUUAAAUUCUCAUUUGUAUUUCGUGGAAGGUGCUGACGCUGUCGUAAGGAAUAUGGCAAACCAUUCUUCAGAGCCCGUAUACUACUACGAAUUCACAUACAACGAUGGACCGUUCAGCGGCUCUCCUGAAGGCGUAGGCCACGGUACCGACGCUGCAUAUAUGUUCUUUUCAUAUGGGCUUGAUCCCACAUCAGACGGAGCUAUUCUCCGGGACCAGAUGACUGCGAUGUGGGCCAACUUCGCUAAGUACGAUAAUCCGACUCCAGAAUUGAACUCACUGCUGACACAAAAAUGGGAGGCGUACAACGAAUCGUUACCGUUCUAUAUGGAUCUAACAGCUCCUCUGAAGCCAGGAAUGAGAUUAUAUGAGUCCUACAUGAAUUUCUGGCACAGUCUACUGCCAUACUAAGUACAACUACGGUAAUAUAAUUUUUGUAAUACGUUAUCAACCCUAAAGUCAGUGCAGUGCUAUAGUGCAUAUUUCGAUUCACAAUCACUCAAUGUAACGCUCCACUUUCUUAAGAUUAAAUCAUUAUAAACAACUA